AAGAUAUAAUUGUUAAACAUCAAACUGCUCCUUUAUCACCUUCAUCAACAAGAAAAAAUCCAAACCUUAACAUAGCCAUAUAUCCUCCUACACCACAACAAGCAGAAUAUCCACUUGAUCCGCAAAAUAAAGCACCUCCAAUACCUCCAAAACCAACCCGAAGAUCUUCAAGGGUGAGCGAUGGUGGGUCAUCUCAAACUUCACCAAAAAGUGAUCAACCAAUUUCUCCGAUUACGAAACCACCUCUACCUCCAAAGCCUGUUCGUAGGCCAAACUCCGAUGAUGACGGUGGUUAUAUACGUGGGCGUGAAUCUUUUCAUCGUAGAUCUGAUCCAUCUUUAAACUCUUCUCACGCCUUGCACCGACGAAGGUCUUCGUCUCCCAGUGUUCCUGCCACAAAGAGAAGAUCAACAAUAAAUGGUUCGAUAACCGAUUCUCCUACAGACGAAGAGAGUCCUUAUUCUUCUCAUUUAACUUCACCUGCUACCCCUGCGUCUUUUUACGGUGCGUUAUCGGUUCCAUCGCUGCCAAAUUUAUUUGAACGUCAAAAAAUGAUUAAUGUUAUACCAGAAGGCGCUGUAGAUCCAAAUAACUUGGUUCCUGCUACAACUCUUAAUGAUGACAACUAUCAAUCUCCAAGUUCUCCUUCGUCUUCUCAAUAUGUGGAUCAUGUUCCUGAUAUUCCUUCUUCUCCUUUGUUGACUCAACACGCUCAAAUGGAACAAAAAAUACAGACUUUAGAAUCAAAAUUAGCUGAAUAUCGUGCGAUAACAAAAAUGAGGGAGGAGGGUAAUACUGAAAAUAAUAAUGGUGAACAACCAUGGUCCGAAUUAUCAAAUGAAGAAAUCAAAGAAGCUAUUGCGAAAUACAGUUCAACCGUAGCCGGCCUUAAACAAUCAAUAACAAGAUCUCGUAAACUUGUGUAUAAAGCGGCUUCCGAUCCGGAUAUUUUAGAGUUUGCUCCUCAUAUGAUAGCUUAUCAACUGACUCUUAUUGAAUCUGCUAUAUUUUUGGAAAUUGACCCAUAUGCUUUACUUUCUCAUUCUGCUAAAAAUCCAGACCCAAAGAUUACUGCUUCAACUGACUUUUUCAAUUAUUUGACUCGUAUUAUAGAACGUUCGAUUUUAUUGCCAUUAGAGGCUUCUUUACGUGCUCAAAUAAUAAAUCAUUGGGUUAAAGUAGCUGGAAAACUGCAUGAAUUGCAUAAUUUUCAGACUUUAAAAGCAGUUCUGUCUGCAUUAGGUACUACACCUAUCAAAAGACUAAAAAGAACUUGGGCUUGUAUUCCAAAAAAGAGUAUGGCUAAAUUGGACGCUCUCAAUGAAAUGAUGAGUGAAGCAAGAAAUUACGGAAAAUAUCGGGAAAUGAUACAACGCGAUGGAUUCCUGAGAAAACCUACAAUACCAUUUUUAGGAACCUUUAUUAUGGAUGCCACUUACCUGCUUGCUGCUGUAAAAUAUUCUUCAAAUUCUUCUGCUCCAUUGUCCAAUAACGUCCAAUCACCUGUCGCGUCCCGUUCGGUGUCUUCCCCAACGGGGAUACAUGAUGAUCCUCGUGUUCAAGAAAUGUUGCAAACUAUGCAUCGUUAUCAAAAUGGUCCAAAAUAUUACUCUUCACCUCCUUCUUCUUACAUAAAAGCUUCAACAAAGCAUCAUUUUCGCACUGCAAGUAUAAGUGCUGCUUUGCAUAGAUCCGGUGUAAAUAAAUAUUAUAAUAGAAACGAUGAUGAGGAUGAAAUGAUUGAAGAAAAACAACAAUUGAUAACGCAUUAUUUAUUAACACGCGUGUGGGUUCCACAAAAGAGCGUUGAUGAAUUAAGUUCCUUGCGCGAACCUCAUAAGAAUUCUUAUAGUGGUAAUAAUCGAGCACCAGGUGCCGCUUCAUGGAGUGGACCUCCAAGUAGCACGGUUUCGAACACAAAUGGUGCCCAACGUGGGAGUACCGGAAGCACCGUUGGUGGAAGUGGUACGAGCACUAACACAAGUAGUGGUGUAGGAAGGACGAGUUCAACCAGUGGCAGUGGUGAAUCGCGACCGCAUAGUCUUGAAGAAGUAGUUGAUACGGUUCCAACUGUAUCAGUUACUUCAAAAUCGGAUAGGGCUGGGCCCGUUUCAGACAAAGAAAGUGGUAGCAUAAAAGAGAAAAGAAAUAUUACCGAAAAAGUUGGAAGUAUUGGAAGCUUCCUCUUUGGUUCUCGAAGUAGUUUAGAUAAAGCGCGAGAUGAAAAAGAAAAAGAGGAAAAGAACAAGAAUGGGGAUGUAGAUACUGAUUCUCUAUAUGAUGAUUGCUCUGAAGAAAUUGUCAGAUCCCAUUCUGAACAAACUAGUAAUAAAAGGGCAAGUUGGCGUGCUAUGAGGGUGAUGUAUGGAGGGCAUGAAAUUGGCGAUUCACUAAAGAGCCCUACCGCUAUGAUAAGGUCGUCUUCUCAUUCCAGAAGUUCGUCCAGUGGAGAAUUGAAUCCAAAAAAUCAUUCCGCAACUUUUAUAAAAGCACAUGGACGUACAUCCUCAGCCAAUCCCAAACCUAUUACAUCACGCAGAUCAUUAGAGGAACCACGUUCUUCUACACCUCCCCCAUUACUUCCAAAACCGCCAACCUUAAUGCAACGCAGUUCAAGUGCUUCGUCUGCAAAUAGCAUGGGUUCAAGUGCUACUGCAAAUAUUUCAGGGAAGCGAAGUAGUACUGGAAAUAGUACCAUACCACUUGGGGGUGGAGAUAUUGAAAAUAUACGAAUGGUUAUUGCGAAGAAAGUCGCAAAUAAGGUUGCAGCUGGUGGUGUAGCUUUGGAAAGGAAUUGGCAGUGA